CUAUGGCAUAGCCAUUUUCUUAAGAAAAAAAUCUGCUUACACAAGAGCAGUUUUUCUACCUAUAUAACUUGGAGCCACACCACAUUUAACAACAGAGUUAGUUACUUAUUGUAGGCAAGCAGAGAAGGACGCCUGUGAGCAUAUUCCAUAAACAGGAAAACUACACGGCUUUUGUAACUUCACAAUUUCUUCCACACAGUCAAACCGGCGACAUUUAUAAUGCUUUUGGGUAAAGUCAGUCCGGCUUUGUGCAGUGCAUCUCUUCGUAUUUCUCCUGCGUUCCCCGGGGUUCAGAAGCAGAUCGCCGUAGCAGCGACUCGAAAUGCCCGUCUCUAUGCGACUCAGACCGCCGAGGUGGUGCUGGACAAGCCUGUGUCCGGCAGCGCCACAGCAGCCAAGGACGGGAAGAAGGCCCAGACUGUGGAAUCCAAGUCCUUUGCUGUGAACAUGUUCAAGGGCCAGAUAACCACGGCCCAGGUGUUCCCCUACCCCUCAGUGAUGAACGAGGAGCAGACUCAGUUCCUCCAGGAGCUAGUUGGCCCCGUUUCCAAAUUCUUUGACGAGGUCAAUGACCCGGCGAAGAACGACGCUCUGGAGAAGGUGGAGGACCACACCAUGGAGGGGCUGAAGGAGAUGGGGGCCUUCGGCCUCCAGGUACCUGCUGACCUGGGGGGCCUGGGGCUCACCAACACACAGUAUGCUAGGCUGGUGGAGAUAGUCGGCAUGCAUGACCUGGGCGUGGGAAUCACCCUGGGUGCCCACCAGUCCAUUGGCUUCAAGGGCAUUCUGCUGUUUGGAAACCCAGCCCAGAAGGAGAAGUACCUGCCCAAACUGGCCACAGGGGAGACGAUAGCUGCGUUCUGUCUGACCGAGCCGGCCAGUGGCUCAGAUGCCGCCUCCAUCAAGACAGUCGCCACCCUCUCCCCCUGCGGACAGUUCUUCAACCUCACAGGAGGAAAGAUCUGGAUCAGCAACGGAGGCUUGGCCGAGAUCUUCACCGUGUUCGCCAAGACGCCCAUGUUGGAUGAGAAGACGGGGCUGAUGAAGGACAAGAUCACAGCCUUCGUGGUGGAGAGGAGCUUCGGAGGAGUCACACACGGGCCUCCAGAGAAGAAGAUGGGCAUCAAGGCGUCCAACACGGCGGAGGUGUACUUUGAGAACGUGAAGGUGCCGAUAGACUGCGUGCUGGGUGAGGUGGGCGGAGGCUUCAAGGUGGCCAUGAACAUCCUGAACAACGGACGCUUCGGCAUGGCGGCGGCUCUCUCCGGCACCAUGAAGGGCGUCAUCGCCAAGGCUGUGGACCAUGCAGCUAACAGGACCCAGUUUGGCAGCAAGAUCCACACGUACGGAGCCAUCCAGGAGAAGAUGGCACGCAUGGCCAUGAUGCAUUACGUCACUGAGUCGAUGGCCUACAUGAUCAGUGGGAACAUGGACAGCGGAGCGUCAGAGUUCCAGAUCGAAGCGGCCAUCAGCAAGAUCUUCGCCUCUGAGGCAGCGUGGAUCGUGACUGAUGAGUGUAUCCAGGUCAUGGGAGGAAUGGGAUUCAUGAAGGACUCGGGGGUGGAGAGGGUCAUGAGGGAUCUGAGAAUCUUCCGGAUCUUUGAAGGAACCAACGACAUCCUCCGGCUGUUUGUGGCUCUCAAUGGCUUCCAGAAUGCGGGGAACCAUCUGAAGACGCUGCAGAAGGCUCUGAAGAACCCGCUGGGUAACGCUGGGCUGCUGGCCGGAGAGGUCUCCAAGAGGGCCAAGAGGAGAGCAGGUCUGAGUACCGGUCUGUCCCUGAGGGGCUCCAUCCACCCAGAGCUGGCCCAGUCUGGAGACCUGGCUGUGAAGGCCAUAGAGCAGUUUGGAGUCACAGUGGAGGACAUGUUGCUGAAACACGGCAAGAAGAUCAUAGACGAGCAGUUUGUCCUGAAGAGGGUGGCGGACGGUGCCAUCGACCUGUACGCCAUGGUGGUGGUUCUGUCCAGGGCGUCACGUUCCCUGAGCAACAGCCUCCCCACGGCCCAGCAUGAGAAGAUGUUGUGUGACACCUGGUGUGUCGAGGCCCACGACAGGAUCAUGGACAACUGCAAGGCCCUGAAGUCCAGCUCCACCUCGCAGGUGUUCAAGAACCUGAAGGCCAUCUCCUCGGCCGUGGUGGAGAACGGAGGAGUGGUGUCUCCUCACCCCCUGGGCUUCUAAACCCCCCCGCUGUCUCCCCUCAGAAAGCCUCUACACAGAGAGAGGGAGAGGAAGGAGGGAGAGCGCUCCCCUCUGCAGACAGCUCUAUGGAGAGUCCCAGUCCUCCGUCAGAGCUCCAAGGCCAUAACGAAUCCAGUCACCUCACGAACAAUGACUUGUGUAAAAACCGUUAUUUAUGUUCUAUUUAGAUGACUAACCUGUUAUGAUAUGAAUAAUGUCCAGCAUAUUGUUUGGUUUGGAGUUAUAGGAUGGUAUGUGCAUGUCGGUGCGUCUCAAUGACCAAGAUGUUGGGGUUGGGGUUGGUUUGUACAGGAGGGCGGGAGGAGAUGUAAGGAACACAGCAGUGAGGGUAUUACCUUGUUGCAUCUACUGGUGUCUAGACUGUUGAAAUGCAUGUUCUUUUUUUUCCCAUAAUAUUCAGAGGACUUGUUUGUGCUGCACUUAUUAUCACUGUCACUUUCAAAAAAAAAAAAUUCUCAACGGAUUUAGUAAUACCGGAGUCGACUAUAGAAUGUCACAUUCCCAGAUUGGUUUUACUUGACCUGAAUUUUUUUUUUCCCCUAGCAUUUUUCAGGUGUUGUGUUUUACAUGUAAAUGUUUUAUUAUACCGUCCUUCAUUUGACUUGGUGCAGCACAAACUGUUGAACUCACAUGUGCCUAAUAAUGCCAUUGCCUUUACAAGGAGUUGCAGGUCAACUGGUGACACUAAGAUCCAGUAUGUUGUGUUAAAAGCUCUUAAAUCAAAAAGGAACAUCUUAUGAACAUGUCUAAAUUAAAUCAAAAAUAGAUAA